AUGGCCUCUGCCACCUACGACCUCUUUUUCACAGGGCGAGACGAUCCCCGCUGCUGCGUUAUCAUUGGCGAAGACACAAAACCCGUCUAUCUAUGCUUCGAGACCUCUGAAAGAAAUCUUGUCAUGCCCAAUCUCCGCACGAUGGUAUACAGAAACAACAAAGAGCUUUGUGCAAAACUAGAAUGGAGUUCGGGCGACCAGCUGGGAAGCGCAACAAUUGGAAAUCGACAACUACCAAUGUCCCACCUCAUACUACCUGGCUCAACAGACAAUGCGCGCGCUUUCUUUUCUGCAGACGGCACACGAUUUGAAUGGCGGCGAAAUUACGAAUGUCCAACUUCGUACGACCUUUACUCUGCUUUCAACAAGCGUAUAGCCAUAUUUCGUCGUUACGCGCAAGCAACCGUUGUUGGUCCCUCACACAGUCUCCUUCAGUAUACGUUCAAUCACGAUCUUCUCCUGGUGGAGUCGCUCAUUGCCCUAUGCCUCAACCGAUGGGUAGACCUGCGUGGCGCGUAA